CCCGGUUAUUUUUAGGCUACACCAUACAGUCACACCGUCGCGAAUGUAACGCAAUAGCUGCUAUAACAUUAUAAGCCAUAAUAACCCAUAAGGUCGCCAUACCAUAAUCGGCUGAACAGAUUUAGGCAAGCCUGCGGUCAUGUUAUUUAGAUUCGGCGUCAUUCUCACUCCGGAGUCCUCGGAGGUCGACGUCUUUGUUUUGGGUUCGCGUGCUGAAAUGGGGAACUGGGACCCGAACAGAGCGGUUCGGAUGAAAGCCACACAGAAACUCCCGUCACCCGCAGAACCGUGUCUGUGGAUCGGUGAGGUGCACCUGGCCGAGCCCCACAGAGACACACUGUGGUUCAAGUUCAUCCAAAGAGUCAGAGGCACCUUUAUCUGGGAAGGAAGCGGGCCGAGCCAUGACAGAUGGUGUACAUAUGAUGAUAAGAAUGUGGUGGAUGGCGUGUACUGCCACCCGAUCGGCCACUGGAUAGAAGAAACGGGGCACACAGAUGAGAUGAGGCACACCACCAACUUUUACUUCAGUGUGGCUGGUCAGAAGGCCAUGCAUUUCUCCAGGGUGCUGCCACGUAUUUGGCUGGGCAGCUGCCCUCGACAGGUGGAACACGUGACAGUAAAGAUGAAGUAUGAACUGGGAAUCACUGCAGUGAUGAACUUCCAGACAGAGUGGGAUGUGGUGAACAAUUCCUACGGCUGCCGGCGUAACCCCGACGAAACCAUGACCCCAGAGACCAUGAUGCAUUUGUACAGAGACUGUGGCCUUGUGUAUGUGUGGCUGCCCACACCGGACAUGAGCACUGAGGGCCGGAUCAGGAUGCUUCCUCAGGCUGUAUUCUUGCUUCAUGGUCUCCUAGAGAAUGGCCACACAGUCUAUGUCCACUGUAACGCUGGAGUGGGGAGGUCGACUGCAGCUGUGUGUGGCCUGCUCAUGUAUGUCCUCGGGUGGACCCUGAGGAAGGUGCAGUACUUUGUAGCAGCAAGGAGACCAGCAGUGUACAUCGAUGAGGAAGCUUUAGUCAAAGCUGAGGCAGACUUCCUUCAAAAGUUUGGCCGGCUGCGCUCAUCUAUGUCUGACCCUGAAACAUGAGAUCCGAGUGGCUUUGUGCUUGAAAUCUGAAGCUGAAUCCUUUGGACUUUCUGAGAAAUAAAAUGAUUGAAAACUCAAAACAAUUCUUGAUGUGCAAAAUUUUAAAAAUUAAAAUCUGUAUCUCGACUUUAAUCCAAUGUAUCACUUCAGCCCAAGUAUCUGAGAGUGUUCUGGCAGCAGAAAUGUCAAUCAAUCCAACUGGUGUGUGAGCUUUUAAAAGCUGGGGUAGGCAGCAUGUUUUUGGCGUCACUGGGCAAAUAAUCCCAUCUAGGCGUAUUGUAUUUUAAAUGUUCUUAAGAGGUACUCGACUCCUGCUCCUCCACUGGGCUCUUUUUUCAGGCUUCAAAAACAUCUAGUCUGUUAUGGGACCUUAAAAAAAAGCAGAAAGGUUAUAAAGUCUUAAUAGGAAUCAAAGUGUGGCGGUUCAGUGGGUACUUUUUAUACCACUGACUAAUCUUCUGCUGUAUGAAUAUCGUGCAUACACCCAUGCUCAUCUGGUUGGAGGGGAUUGGAGAGAGAUGACAGCUGCAGGAGGAGAUGUGGCU